UGUACAAGCUCGAUAUAAAAAUAAAAUGCUUAUCAAAAUUUUAAAUGGAUAAGAAAAUCCUCCCAUAGAAAACCUAAAAUAUCUUUUCAGCGAAUGAAUACAGUUGUGAAGUGCCUCUUAUGAUUCGCGGACAAUAGCGCACUUACAAAGUAACUCUCCACUUAAUGGGGACGUCUUAAUGCAGGUGAAGAAACAAAAACUUUUUUAAAAUAAUAAAUUUGAUUGAACCAAGCACGUACCCUGUUUCUAAGGAUCCGAAGUUCAAUCAAGAUACUGUUCGAGGUGUGAAAGAAAUGACGAGGAGCAUAAUGAAAACGGUAUACACCUGAUUGUAAAUGUAAAUAGCGAAAUCAAACAUCACGACAGACAUCUUUAGUGAGCAGUAAAGAUUACAAAGACUGUAAAAAAUGAUUUCGGAGACUAGUGCUGGACAGAAGUCUGGGAAGCGAGCGAAGGCGAAGAAAGUGUCAAAGGAGAUAGAGGCUGAAAUGAAUGCAAUUAAGGAGGUAACCAUCGCCAAUAACCUCAUCACAGCGGAAGUCCCAGAACCGGAAGACUAUGAUACAGAUCUGGAAGAAGAAAAAUACCCUAAAUGCUAUACGGUGCCUUUAGAGGAACGUCCACGUGUAAUUUACACAAAAGCGUGUCAAAAAUUCAACUUGACUCCAUCUUCCUCCUGCCUCAGGGGAAUGACGUCAGGGGUCGUGAACCUGAAUCAUCAAAAUCUGGGACCAGAUGGCGCCAAAGCUGUGGCAUUAGGCUUGGUUUUAUGUGAGACGGUGUCUGAACUUCACAUGUCAGGGAACAAUAUGGGACACACGGGAACCAAAUAUAUCCUAGACAUGCUCCGAGAAAACGAAAAUAUAGCAGUAGUGAACCUAGCUGAGAAUAACAUGCAAUCUGAUGGUGCCGGGUUAUUGUGUGAAAUGUUAAACGAGAAUGAUGCAAUUUUGUCUGUUAAUGUCUCAGGGAACAAUUUUAAACCUACAGAUGCCCAUUCAUUUUACACAAUGAUGUCAUAUUAUAGGUGUACUUUGAAGGAACUCGAUAUUUCUAACAAUAAUUUUGGAGAAUAUGGUGGAAAGCUUAUAGGUGAAGCAAUAGGUAACAAUGACACAAUUGAAACACUUAACAUAAGCUGGAAUGGAUUUGGUGUCAAUGGAGCUAAGGCAAUAGCUAAAGGACUCGAGGAAAACACGUGCCUGAAGUCUUUAGACAUAUCGUGGAAUGGACUUGAAGAUCAUGGGUCAGAAAUGAUCGCUGCCGCGACAUCAAUUAAUGACAUCAUGAUUAAUUUAAAUUUAUCAGCCAAUAGAAUUGGACAGAAAGGACUUGGGCUAGUUUUAAAGGCCAUAUCAAAUAAUAAAUCAAUAAAGUCGUUAAAUGUGACUCGAAAUCCUAUAACAUUUGAAGGACCAGUUAUUGCAGUUCAAAUAAUAUUGGAACAUCCUGAAUGUGGACUGGAAUCCAUAGAGUUUAGGGAUAUGUGUGUUCCUCGUCAGUUUUUACCCAUUUUAAUGAAAAUCCACGAAGCCAAACCAGAGUUCCGGGUCAAACAUGGCGGAUAUGUGAACGCCUCGGAUGUUCUCCAUCACUCUAUGGAACAGAGAAUGGAGCACGUCCUAAAUGACCCUAUGAUGAGAUUAUUACAAUACGUUCACGACCGAAAGCUUCGACUCGCCGACCUUUUCUUCCAGUUUGAUACAGACAGGAACAUGACCAUCAGUGACAGUGAAUUCGUCGCUGGAAUCAGGAAAGCAGGAAUUCCGAUGACAGAUACCCAGAUACAAGAACUUGUAGAUAAACUAGAUGUUGAUGGAGAUGGCGAGAUUGAUUUCGGGGAAUUGAAACUUGGAGAAAAGAAAUAUCUACAGAGAAUACAAAAAGUUGGCGUUGAAUUACCGUUUGGGAGCAAGACAGGAAAAUCAACAUCUCGGCCGGCCUCCAAAAUGUCCAAUGCGAGAUCUAGACCAGCGUCCAACACGUCACGUCCGGUUUCAAGCACGUCUGUGCAAGCCAUGGACAGACCUAUGUCCAACACGUCACGUCCAGUUUCCCAAAGAUCUGUGCAAACCAUAGAAAGACCAAUGUCUAACUCUUCACGGAAAACGGAGCGUCCUAAAACAGUUCCAGACACAAUUUUAUUGUCAAAAGAAAUGAGCGACUUGAAAACGGAUUUAAAGGACUUGACAGACAGUUCCUCGUCAGCAGGAUCAGAGGAAGAGGCAGAUGACACCUAACCUACACUGAUGGAACAGUUUACUCAAUGUGCCAAAAUUAUUUGAACAAGGACCUACAGCAAUCGCAUUCCAUAUUAUAAUAUUCUAACAUAUUUAAUAAAUAUGAAUA